GACCUCACAUCCAAAGGAGAAGAAGUACUCCUCCAGCACAGAUUUCAAGAGAGAAAAGGAGAGAAGCUUCACCGUGUGAGCGUUGAAAGAACACGGAGCACGGCCGUGACGUUACGUUACUUGCGUAGUUCCAUCGUCAUCUAGCCCUCUGGGUAUAUUUACGCCUGCAAAUGGUUCAACCCAUCUUCAUCUUUCUCAGCUAAUUAACCAAUAAAGGAUAUAGAAUCGCAAGAAAGAAAGAAAGAAAGAAAGCCCGUGUUGUUCAAAAAUCGUGUCUUUUCUUUCUUUCUUUCUUCUGGGUGGGGAAGGUCGUGUGCUUAUUAUCGGCGGAUCUUCAGAUUUGGGGAUUUGGGGUUUGCUGAGAAUGUGGGGUUUGGGCGGGAAACACUAUUGGGGGAGAAAGGAGGGAUCAGAAGGCAAAGUGGAAGGGAUAGUGGUGGUGUUUGCGUGGAUGUUCAGUGAACCCUCUCACGUGAAGAAAUAUGUCGACUUUUACUCAUCCCUGGGCUGGAAUUCCCUCGUUUGCCACUCCCAGUUUCUCAAUAUGUUUUUUCCUGAUAAAGCCGCAGCCCUGGCGUUAGAAAUUGUAAACGAGCUUCUUGAGGAGCUAAAAGCCAGGCCAUGCCCUGUGGUCUUUGCAUCUUUCUCCGGCGGCCCAAAAGCCUGCGCGUACAAGGUUCUUCAGAUAAUUGAUGGCAAAUGUGAGGAGUACUGCAAUUUGGGAGGAGAAUACAGUCUAGUCCGCGACUGUGUUUCUGGACAUAUAUUCGAUUCUUCUCCAGUAGACUUCACUAGUGACAUGGGUACUCGGUUUUUCCUUAGCCCAGCCUUUUUCACCACGCCUCCUCCUCCACCCUUUGUCAGAUGGUUGGCGCAUGGCUUUGCUUCCAGUCUAGAGUCACUCUUUCUCAGCAAUUUCGAGGCACAACGUGCUAAUCUAUGGCAAACUCUAUAUGCUUCCGUGAGCAUUGGAGCGCCUUAUCUCAUUCUAUGCUCAGAAGAUGAUGACAUUGCUCCGUGCGAAACUAUUCGCAAUUUCGCUCAGCGGUUGAAAGAUUUGGGGGGCGAUGUUAAACUCAUAACAUGGAGUAGCUCUCCCCAUGUUGGUCACUAUCGCCACCAUCCCAAAGAAUACAAGGAGGCAGUAACUGAGGUUUUGUCAAAAUCCUCUUUUGUCUAUUCCAAACGAACUUGUCAAGUCAAAAGUGAGAAGACGACGACCAUAGAACACAGCAACUGCAAAAACUAUGAGCAACCCAGAGAAAGAGAAGGGGGAGAUCUUUGGGAAGAAGGGGGUGAUGAUCAAAAUGUUCCAAACAUUUCCACCCGGACGAGAAUCAAUGGCCAUGGAGUGCUUGGGGAGAUUCUGUCUGAUGUUUGUGUGCCGAAGAACGUGGAGGGGUGGGAUAUGAGCAUGGGACCAAGGCAUUCCCCACGUUUGAGCCUUACGAAGAGUGUUCGUCGUUCCAGAUUAUGAUAUUGUUCUUCUGAGUUUGGCUUUAAGGUUGGGGGAAAUGCUCGAGUGCUGGUUUUAUGAGUAUUUUCCAGUUUUUUUACACGAUUCGUCUUUUUUUUUUCUCGUAAAAUUCUUGCUAAAUGCAGAGAAGUUCAAGACCCAAAUAGCAAAUAAACAGUUGCAACUUUU